UUCAAGUUAGCGGGUCGUCAGCGGGAGGGCUCGCGGCCCAGCGGAGGCAGAGUCGGCGCCAAGAACAUGGCUGGAGGCAAAGCUGGAAAGGACAGUGGGAAGGCCAAGGCUAAGGCAGUAUCUCGCUCACAGAGAGCUGGGCUACAGUUUCCUGUGGGCCGCAUCCACAGACACUUGAAGACUCGCACCACAAGCCAUGGAAGGGUGGGUGCCACUGCUGCCGUGUACAGUGCUGCGAUUCUGGAGUACCUCACUGCAGAGGUGCUGGAGCUGGCAGGUAAUGCUUCUAAGGAUCUCAAAGUAAAGCGUAUCACUCUGCGUCACUUGCAGCUUGCAAUCCGUGGUGAUGAAGAGUUGGAUUCUCUUUUCAAGGCUACCAUAGCUGGGGGUGGUGUGAUCCCUCACAUCCACAAAUCUCUGAUUGGAAAGAAGGGACAGCAGAAAACUGCUUAGAGGGAUGCUUUAACCAACCCUCUUCCUCCCUGUCAUUGUACUGUAACUGGGACAGAAGAAAUAAUGGGGAUAUGUGGAAUUUUUAACAACAGUUAAAUGGAAAAGCAUAGACAAUUACUGUAGACAUGAUAAAAGAAACAUUUGUACGUUCUUAGACUCGAAGUUUGAUAAAAGUACCUUUUCAUGUGGUGACAGUUGUGUGUUGAUUGGCUAGGUUUCUCCCGUGUGUUUUAUACAAAAAUGGAAUUCAUAAACCAUUUUUUACAAAA